UUUUUCUUUUUCUUUUUUAUUGCCCUCUUCACCACUUGAAUAUAUUGGUUCUCUAAACCUGGUCUUCUUCCCCGAUCACGCUAGAUUUAUUAUUGUCGUCCACAGGUUUCUUCACUGAUGAAAAUUGCUACUGGCUUCCUGUCUUUUGCAGCAGCCGCUAUCCUCCCCUCCUUGAGCAUGGCUAUCACCACAUUCAGCGUGUUAUCCAACAAUGUAUACUUCCUAAACGAGCUUAUUAGCCCUGAUUGGGGACAGCAAACUAGGGCCAAGUUGAUUGCAGAGUCAGACUACAUUAAAGGCCAUGAUGUUAUCGUGCUUCAAGAAUGCUUUUCUAAACGAGCUUGCGACAUUCUCCGUGAGGGCCUGCGUUCUCAAUAUCCCUACCAAACCCCAACAUUAGGAGUAUCCAAGGAAGGGUGGGACUCGACUUCAGGAUAUUAUCACUGGUCUGUUCCUCUGAAUGGUGGUGUGGUCAUCAUGAGCAAAUGGCCUAUCACACAGAAGCACCAAUACGUCUUCAAGAAUGGUUGUGCAAGUGAAUGGUUUCAAAAUAAAGGAUUCGCCUAUGCUGUGUUGAACUACCAGGGCAAGAACGUCCAUGUCUUUGGCACGCACAUGCAGAGUGACGAUUCCGCUUGUCUGCCUGGUCAACCAGCCCGUUACCGUGGUCAAGCAUUGGACGCCUGGCGCUCUUAUAUCGAUUCACUCAACAUCCCUGCAAACGAGUUGGUGAUCAUGGCGGGUGAUUUCAACAUCAAGCGCGACACAGAGGAGUUCAGCUCGAUGCUCAAGCGGUUAAAUGCGACUCAGCCCACGGUUUAUGAUGGCCAUCCUUGGACUUGGGACACUCAAACGAAUGAAAUUGCGCGGUACAACUAUCCAGAUUUGAUUCCAGAGUACCUUGAUUUUGUUGUGACAGACAAGGAACACUUGGCUGUCAAAUCCUCGGUCCAGACAACACUGAAGGUUCAGUCACCAGAGUACCAUAUCAAGGGAGCGGCCUAUCACGAGUAUAGUGACCAUUACCCUGUCAAAACCGUUAUCGAGGCUGAUCUGUAAAAAAAAAAGACUCCCUUGCGUGCCAUUACAUAGUUUUUAAACAUCACAUAGAAUACAUUAAGCCUUCAUCAUAAGGCACCAUCACUUUUUUGUUGUCUUGUGCAAGUCAAGGAAAUAAAU